GCUGUGUUCUGUGUUGUGAACGCCGAACAUUUUUUCAAUGUUGUUUUCAUGUUUUUUUCCUCAGUGGUUAUUUUUAUUUACACUAAAUUUUUCAUAUUGGACCGCAAAUUCAAUUGUGGAAGAAAGGGAAGCUGGAGUUUGUAUGUUUAACAACCUAAGAUAACAACUAAACAAGACGAUCAAGAGAUUACAAUGGAAUACCCGAUGGAGCCACUUUGCAUUUUAAGCCAUGAGGAGGACAGCCAGUACAAACCUACAGACGGCUCCUCAACUUAUGACAACUGCAAUAUGAAUGUUGAACAAAGUGGAUUUUAUAUAAAUGACCCAAACAACGAAACCCCAGACAGUUAUCCUUCAAGCAAUGACGGCCAAACAUUCAAGAUGGAGCCACUGAGCGAUGGCAGCGACUGCGACGAAGCUACCAGCCACGUCAAAAGAACCAACAUAGUCAUUACAGCAUUUAUCUGUGAUCGGUGCAAGCAAAUCUUUGGCUCAGAGAAAAUACUGUUAGAACACCACUCCCAAUGCAAAGUGAAUCCUAGAACACUGGCUGGUAAUUUGAACAUAAACGAUCCUAGAAAACUGUGGAAGAAACAAUUCAAGACAUCAGCGAAGCCGAAGAAGAUUAUCGAGUGUGAAAUAUGUCAGAAACGAUUCCGGCAAAUAGCCGACUUGACUAACCACAUGCGAUCGCACACGGGCGAGAAGCCGUUCCUGUGUGAAGUGUGCCAGAGAACUUUCAGCCAACAGUCCAACCUGAAGGUCCACAUGAGAGUCCACUCCAACGAGAGACCGUUCGAGUGCGAUGUUUGCGACAAACGAUUCACGCUAAUGACACACAAGGUCAUCCACAUGAAGUCGCACACGAUCGAAAGGCCACACGAGUGUGAAACGUGCAAGAAAAGAUUUGCUCACUUGUCCGCUAAGAUUACGCACAUGAAAUCUCAUACCGGCGAGAAGCCGAACAAGUGUGAUUCGUGCGAUAAAGGAUUCACGACGGUGGGUAGCUUGCGACGCCACCAGAAGGUUCACACGACUGAGACGAGUGUUCUCAAUCAACUAACUGAUUUGGUAGUUACUAAAGUAGAGGCACAAUGUGAGAAAUAAUGUACUUGUAAAUAUUGUUUUAUUAUCAAAGUUUUAAGCAUUUUUCUCUGCUCGUACAUUGAGUAUUUAUGAUAUUAUAGUAAUUAUAAUACAGCUAUUAUU